CCUGCAAAGCAAAACCAACUGCAGCGCGGAGAUUGGGGACCAGCUUAACGCUCUUAUUUUUGCGACAGAGCGGCCGUUGAGCUCAGUAACGCGCCACGCCCGCAGCAGCAGAGACCCCCCAAAAAAAGAAGGAGGGGAGAGCAGAGAGAGAGAGAGGGAGAGGGAGAGGAGAGUGCACGUUCAACCAUGGGGAAGAAAGACCGAGCGAAGAAUGCCGCCCUCCAAGUCAGCCCUCAAGUCUUGGAAUUCAUCGACGCGGCGGCCAUUGGCGACACCAACACCGUCAAGAAGAUCGCCAAGGCUGGCAAGAUCGAAGUUGAUGAUGACGCGGACGGCGUUACGGCGCUAAUGCGCGCCUGCGGCAACGGCCACCUCAAGACGGUGGAGGAGCUCCUUUUGCAUGGGGCGGGUAUGUGGUGUGCCGGGCCAACCAGUGACCCCAAGACGCCAUUCAUGUGGGCCGCCCAUCACGGCAGGCUUGACAUCAUCCGGUACUUCGUAGAGGAGGUUGGGCUGGACGACCUAGCGAUCAACAAGGCCGCGGGAAGGUCAGGACGGAAGACCGCCUUGGACUACGCCCUCGACGCCGGAAUCAACCUCGAUGAGGGGGCCAAGGACAGGAAGGCGCUGGUGCUGGCCUAUCUCCACGAAAACGGUGCCGAGCACGGGGAGGGGGUCACCGACCCGGAGACGGUCUUCAACGGAGCUGCCCACGGGGACGUGAACUACGUGCACUACUGCCUCGAGGCCAACGGGUCCAUCAUCAAGUCGUCCCACGGCGCGGAGAGGAGCUCGCUGCUGCACGUCGCCUGCAACACGGGAAACAUCGACCUCACGCAGAACUUGAUCUCGCACGGAGCGGACUUGGAGGCGCGAAAUGCCGUGGAAAGAACGCCGCUUAUCACGGCAGCGUCCGCAGGAAACGUGGACGUAUUGAGGAUCCUUAUCGACCAUGGCGUUGCCCUGGAGCACCGCGACGCGAACGGCGACACAGCCUUGCACCACGCGUGCGAGGCCGGGCAGCUCGAGUGCGUCCGCGCCCUGCUCGCGCGAGACUGUCCCGCGGCGGCACCGGGGAGCGACGACGGGGCCAUCGUGGGGGCGAUUCUCGAAGGUGACGCGCCGGAACACCAACCGCCGGCGAGGAUCCUGUCGCCGCAUGAGCUGUUGGUGAUGAAGAAUAAGGCGGGGCACACGCCGGUCAUCAAGGCCUUCGCCGGGGGCGUUCACGUGGCCGUGAUCCGGUACGUGGUGGGUGUCCAGGACGGCAACGUGGACCCCAUCAAGUGCGGCGUGCUGGGCGCCGACCUGCCCUCCCUGCUGUCGAGACAGCUGGCCACCGACGGGAUCGCACUCAACCCGCCACCGACGCCUCCCCCAGGGGAGGAAGGAGAAGAGACGAAGGAGAAGAGCGGCGGGCUGUUCACCUGCGGCGAGGACAACGCCGACGACGUCGAGCCGGUGAACAGCCCCAGGGAGCUGGAGCAGGAGACGAAGGACCAAGACCACUUUUUCGCUUCGAACGGCGUGCCCUACCCCGUCUUCGUUCCCCCGGGCCCCUCCAGCCAGGGGCACCGUCGCAUGGCUCGCUUCGUCGAUACCAUGAAGAACGCCGUGUGGGGCUUCGACCCGGAGCAGGUGUUCGUCCUGACCAAGCCGGCGGUCCUCGCGCAGUCGUACAUGCCCACCUUCAAGGAGGCCCAGGAGCGCCACCUCUUGGAGCCGAUGUCGUCGCUGCACCCGGCCGCAAAGGUGCUCUACGUGUCGCACAGGUGGGCCGGAAUCGGGGAGCCGGACACCCAGGACGCGCACGCCUUGUUGCAGGUGCAACGUUACCUGAAGGAGCACUCCGGAGACAACAUCCAGUACAUCUGGAUCGACGUGUCCUGCAUGGACGUGGGCAACAGGGAUAACGUCCGCUACGAGCAGUACAUGAGCAACGUGGUGACCGUACUCGCGCGCUCCACGCACAUGCUGGCCGUGCCUCCCUGCAAGACUCUCGAUCCUAGAGCGCUGGUGCGAGAUAUGACCGUGGCGAGGUUGGUGGAGAAGCAGACGGCGGAAGGGAAGAGUCCCGAAUACCUGAAAAUGCUGCCGACGACGACGUCCAACGCGGUAGGCAGCGGCUUCGCCUCCGCGGCGCCUUUCCUCGCGAACGGAGGCGGUGGCCCCGCCCCGUCCACCACCAUCGGCAGCGGCGGCGGCAGGAAGACCAAGGGCAACGAGGCGGUGGCCAAGGCCAUAGAGGAGGAAGUCGACGCGGCGAUCCUCUCCCGCCAGCUGUCCCACCCGGACAAGUGGUCCUCCCUGGUGGUCGAUUCCUCCGACGGCGGCGGGGGGGCCGCGGAAGGGGAGGAAGAGGGGAGUCAGGGGGCCGGGGGCCUUCCCGCGAGCGGCGGGGGCGCGGGCAUCCCGCCGCGGCCGUCCACGGGGGGGGGGGGCUCUCCCUCCGUGCCCACCGAUGCCACCACCGCCGCGGCCGCGUCUGCGAAGAAGCGCGCCAGCGGCAGGAAGAGCCGACGGUCAUCGGGGAUGGGGUCGAGGAAGUCGUCGGCGGUGGAGGUGAAGACGGAAACCACCGCGGUGGGGGACAGGGGCCCCGGCGUGCCGGUCCUGUCCAAGAAGGAGAAGAAGGAGCUCCUCGUAGCGCAGGCUCGAGAAGACGCGGCGGAGGCCGCCGCCGAGGUCACCCACGACGUGUCGCAGACGCCCACCGUCCUCAAGGAGCCCAUCCUGCACUCGGACCCGGCCGCCCUGCUCAACCGGGGGUGGGUGGAGAUGGAGGUCUCCCUGGCGCUGGUGUUCGGGGUGGAGGUGCUGGUGUGCGUACGCUGGGGGCCCAAGGUUACGUUCCAGUCGGUCCUGGCGAGGACUCUCGUAUCGGAGGACGGAGAGUCGGUGGAACAGGGGCCCGGGUUCAAGGGGGCUUUCUUGCACGGGAUCGCGCGCAUCGCUCCCGACGUUGAGGAGGUCAAAGGCUUCGUGGUGGGCGUGAAGCGCGCCUUAAUCGGGCCGGAGCGCACCGCGGACCCCACCGUGCCGGUCCGCGUGGUCUACGAGCCGAUGCUGGAGCACUGCCACGAGCCGCAGACGGUGGUGUCUCCGCUCGUCCGGGCGUCGCUCGCCCUACACAACGAGGGGGCGCUGCUUCCCUUCCUGGCCGGAGACGUAUCGCCCGUGGACAUCAUGUACCGCCUUUCGGGGCUGGCCCUCCAAGACGUGAAGGAUGGGUUCGGAGGCCUUGGACCCAUCUCUGACGAGAACGACAGGGUAACGCUCGUCCGGCUAUACCUGCUCGGGUUGUCGUACGCCAUGGGGAUCGUGCCCAAGGGCAAGGAGGCCGUAGGCAAGCCCAAGUUCCAGAUUAUCAAGGACUACGAAGAGGCGCAAAAGCGGGUCGGUGAUCUGGAGAGAGAGAUGGAGGGGUUGAAGAACCGCGUGACCGCGCAGCCUGAAGAAGCGCCGAGGGCGGCCACCCUGCCGCCACCACCGUCCGCCGGCUGCGGCUGCGUGGUGAUGUAAAUGAUCUUUUGGGGGUCCUCCUCUUCUCUCGGUAGCGCGCUCUCGUUGUCGGUAUUUUUUGGAAACCGUCGGGUGCUCUCCUCGAGGGAUCGAGGAUGUAGCCACAGGUAGCCCCUCGUCAUCCUUCGCUGUGUGUGGUUGGCGUUGCUUGAUUUGCCGUUUUAGGGGCCUGAGGGGGGAGGGAGCUUGCAUUUCUGCUUGCUGCCAAGAAAGCGUUUGUGUCGGGUCUGCACGCGAUCACAACGAGGCUUGUCUGUGUGUGCCAUCCUGGCUUGCUUGUUCGGGGUUUUGCUGACUGCCUGUGCUGCUGCUGCUGCUGCUGCUGCUGCCGCUGCUGGCUGGCUAUUCACCUGCUGCUCUUGCGGCGCCCUUCUUAUAUGUUGCAAGAGUGCGGAGCUGUUUGAAUGAUAAAUCCAGGGCGAGGCGCCGCCGUACGUUGUCGAUCACGAAGAGGCGUGCCGGUGCAUGGCUGCAGCGCCGCGCAAAGUUUCUCUGGCAAAAUUGAGCGACAUACAUGUGUGUCGAAAGGGCGAAAGAAUAAGAACUGUACUCUAGACCAACCCAGGGCUCGGGGCGCUCGAAGCGAAACAGGCAGGUGCCUUGUGCGCCGCCCGGUGUAUCGAACAAUCGCCCUUGUUGUAGCGUGCCCCAGAAAGAGGGGUGCGGUUUUUUUCAGGCACAACGGUAUGAAGUAUUUACAAGUAUAUUUUUUUACGUACGUACGCAUUUGCAAGAAGAUUGGUUCUCUUGUUUAUCGGGGGGGGGGGGGGGGGGGGGGGCUAAAAGACCGAAAAUUACGGUUCGGUAGAGAGGGGAAAGNGGGGGGGGGGGGUACCUUAGCCUCACCUUGUAGGUUUGUUUUGUCUGUUCUCUUAUUAUGUUGCCCUUGUUACGUAGUUUUCCCCACCCGGAUGCGACUACGGUUCCUUGGAGCAUCAACCGUUCGUCUUAGUAGCGUUGUUCCCCGGUGGUUUCGAUUUGCCCCUGAGUGAAUUCUCCACGUCUACCAUGCACAGUGGGUAUGCAUAUUGCAUGUUAUUUGUAGAAAGCUUAGUGCUGCACACGAAGGGACAGAAGCCCGCCGUGGUGCUAUUAUUUCUUGCGCGAGAGAAAGAGACAGGCCGAGUUCAUAUGCAAGAAGGGCGAGGAAGGAAGUCGACGUGGGGAUGAUGAGGAUAUGAUCUCGCAAAAACCUUUUGAACGAAACUCGCUGGCAGGCUUGUAGGCAUGGUCCCGUUUCGUCGUUGCUGUCCCUUCAUGGGACGCCCGAGUGAGAUCGGCACAAGACGUGUACGUAGUGUGUGUCAAGAGAGGUUGAUGGUGCCUUACUUUGCAGUGCUCCGCAGUCCCGACGCGGUCUGUCUGUCUGGUAUGUUCUAUGAUGAUAUGCCUCGCCGUUCGUUGUUUUUCUAUAUUACAGCAGAAGGCUAUUAGUAGAACACGUAUGAUAGUGGCGGUUGGUGCGUGAAAAUAAUAAUAAUAAACACAUCGCUGCAAUUCAAAGAUAAAC